AUGGAUCCGUUAGUCACAAGUGGAAGUUGGGGUUUCCGACUUGAAACGUUGCUGGAAUGCAGCAGGUGUCUGGUCGACGGGCGUCACCCCACCUGUAACUUCCUGCUGGAGGUGGAGCGAGACCAGGAGGAGUGCGUGAGGACGCUGAGGGAGGAGGACGCCACCGGCAGCCACAAAGAGCCGGCAUGCAAAGGAACGUGGGACAGCAUUGCAUGCUGGGAGCGCACCGAGAUCGGAGAGACCGUCACCAUCUCCUGUCCUCGAGUCCUCACGACGGUAUUCGGCAGAAACGGUAACAUCAGCAGGAACUGCACGCCGGCGGGAUGGUCGGACGUUUUCCCGAACAUCACCAGCGCCUGCGGCUCGGACACCAGCCAGGAUAAGCUGGUCUUCUAUGUGGUGGUGAAGACGUUGUACACUCUGGGUCACAGUCUGUCUUUGAUCGCCCUCACCACGGGAAGCGCCAUCCUCUGUCUGUUCCGGAAGCUCCACUGCACCAGGAACAACAUCCACCUCAACCUCUUCUUCUCCUUCGUCCUGAGAGCCGUGGCCGUGCUGGUCAAAGACGACAUCCUCUUCGACCGAACCUCGCAGUGCUCCAGCCAGCCGUCACUGGUGGGAUGUAAAGCCAGUCUGGUGUUUUUCCAGUACUUCAUCAUGGCCAACUUCUUUUGGCUGCUGGUGGAGGGUCUGUACCUGCACACGCUGCUCGUCGUCAUCUUCUCCGAGAACAGACACUUCAUCGUCUACAUGUUCAUCGGCUGGGGAAUCCCCACGGUGUUCGUGUUUGCGUGGGUGAUGACGAGGAUUUAUCUGGAGGACACGGGGUGCUGGGAGACCAACGAUAACCCCAUACCCAACUGGGUGAUCAACGGACCGAUUGGAUUCUCCAUCAUGGUCAACUUCAUCCUGUUUAUCAGCAUCAUUCGGAUCUUGGUUCAGAAGCUGAGGUGCCCUGACGUGGGCGGCAACGACCAAUCACAAUACAGAAGGUUGGCCAAAUCCACCCUCCUGCUGAUCCCUCUGUUCGGGAUCCACUACGCGGUCUUCGUUUCCCUCAGUGAAUCCAUCGCAGAGGCUUAUAAAAUAUUCUUUGACCUCGCCCUCGGAUCCUUUCAGGGUUUGGUCGUGGCCAUUCUGUACUGUUUCCUAAACAGUGAGGUUCAGGGCGAGCUGAAGAGAAAGUGGAGAAGUAUGUGUCUGAACUGCCAUCUGAGGAGAGAGAACCUCCUCAACAGCACCUUCGCCUCCCGGAACGGCUCCGAGCACACGGUGCAGUUUCACCGCAACUCCCGAACCCAGUCCAUCCUGCAGUCGGAGACCACGGUGCUGUGA